UUCUAUUAUAACUUCUUACAAAUACAUCCUCAUGGCUACCGAAAUCAUUGAGCUAUCUUGGCAAGAAACCGAAACUCGAAACAAAUCCACCAUGACCUCGUUCUAUAAGGCUUUAGCCACGGGAAACACUCAAAUUGUAGCCGGUUUGCCAACCAGCGACCUAGAAUGGUGGUUCCACGGCCCUCAGAACUGCCACCACAUGAUGAAGAUCCUGACCGGAAAUGAACAGGUUGGUUCGAAGUUUAGGUUCGAACCCCGAACCAUCGAGGCCAUUGAUGAUCGUGUUAUUGCUGAGGGAUGGGAGGGAGCCCAAGCUUAUUGGGUCCAUGUUUGGACAUUGAAAGACGGUUUCAUAACUCAAUUUAGGGAGUAUUUUAACACUUGGGUAACGGUGACCGAGUUAAGGCCCGUGGCUGGCCAUGAUGGCUUAAAGUUGUGGCAGAGCCAGCCUCGGGAUCUUGUCAAUCGGUCACUUCCCGGACUUUUGCUUGCCAUUUGAUCUUUUGUCGGGUAGGAAAAAUGUAAUGUAUGGGGGACUUAAUUGUGAAAAAAAUGUCAGUCACUCAUAUGGUUUGUACUAAGAAAUUCAAUAAUUGUUGUAUAACUAAAAAAAAUAUUUUUCAAAAUGUUUUUGCGGGUAAAGUGGGACAUUCUUAAGAUUUAUGGUAGCA